GACAAGUCACUUAGUGAAUUCAUGUGACGUCGUGUGAACUGAAGCGUUGAUAAAGAUGAAUUCAAAGUCAGACUGCAGCAGUGGGGCCGGAGACAGCCGGAGCCUGUCGCUUCUCGCUCCGCGCUCCGCGCUCCGCGAUGUUUGUCCCUGCUCGGAUGCCAUCGCAUCCCCGCUGCCUCCCAAUAACGUCACACAGUAGCAGCGACAACUUCUGCUCCCACUGCGCUGCUCUGAUUUCAGUCCAUUAAAACGUCAUAGCGCCGUGUUUCUGUUGUGACAGCUACACGGCCUGGUCCAGGUUUACACAGCUUCGGCGCCGCUCACGUGUCCGGGACUUUUCUCCCGAGUUGCGCCUGAGGCCAGAUGAACUCACCAGGACACCAGAUACAUAUUUUCUACAGAGUGAUUUAUUGGGAGGGUAAACAGACGACAAACAGCUUUGGGAAAAUGCCGUCAGUGUCCAGCAGCAUAAAGAGUCUGAAGUGAUGGAAAACAGAGAAGAGAGCUGUGCAGACACACAGGCCUCCACAGCUCCACAACGGGGACUUUUCCACUUCUGGGAGUCAGCAGGUCUCAGUGAGCAGAUCGGUCCAGAAAGAGUGCUGCUGUCCAGACCUGUUGUGCAGGCAGCACUGGGAGAGCGUCACGGACUCCUGCUUACACAGGGUGGGCAGGUGUACUCUUUUGGAGAGCUGUUAUGGAAGGAUCUGACCAUCCCAUUAUCUGCUCCGCUGCUGGAGAGCUCUCUGCAGGAGAAGCUGGUAAUUCGCGUGGCUGCCGGUGGCUUCCACUGCGGAGCUCUGAGCGAACAGGGCAACGUCUACAUGUGGGGUGAAAACACUGCAGGACAGUGCGGGCUGACUGACAAGGACACAGUCACCAACAUCACUGUUCCAGAGCCGUGCCCUGUCAGCGUUGUGGACAAUGAGGUGGUUCCUCCCGCUUUUGUUAGGGUGACGGAUUUGGCCUGUGGACGGGAACACAGCCUGGCUCUGUCAUCCAAGAAUGAGUUGUGGGCUUGGGGCAGUGGCUGCCAGCUCGGCUUGGUCACUAAUGCUUUUCCUGUGUGGAGACCACAGAAGGUUGAGCACUUGGCUGGGAGACAUGUAAUCCAGGUGGCCUGUGGUGCCUACCACAGCCUGGCCGUGGUUCGCUGUUUACCUCCACAGAACUACAAAACCCAGAGUCCUCUUGUGAAGAGAGAGCAGAGCCAGUCGCCUCACUGUUCAGUGACAGAGAGGGAUGAGUUGGUUACAGCUGAUGAUCUUCACUUUUGUCCACUGGGGGUGGAGCUGAGUGUAGUAAUGAAAGGGAAGUCUUGUCCCAGGAGAAGAGGCCCCAGACGAAGUCUCCCGCCAGGGGGAAAGUCAGCUGUCGGCAGCCACAGAGCCGGUUCAUGUCCUUUUAUAGAAGGCAGCAAGUCCACAACCAAACAGAAAGAUCCUGCAGUUAGCUCCAUUCCUGAACCCCAUGAACAAGCUCACAUGUUAACUGAGACAGACGGCAUCCCCAAGUCCCACCCACUGUCAGCCUGGAGAGUCAAUAAAAACUCAUCGUUUGCUGCUGAGAUUGAGCUUCACAACCUCCUUCAGAAACUCUCUACUCACCCACUAGAGACACAACAUACCACUGCAUCAGGGGACACUGACUCACUGAGCAGUCACACUUCAGAUGAUAGCUGUGUUUCCUCAACUGCUUCCACAGAUUUGCUCACAUCCAGUUACAAGGAUGAGUUGCCAGACAAGAGUGAAAUCAACAAUAACAGUGGCACAUCUGGCCCGUACUCCUCCUCCCCACUGGGUUUGGAAGAAGUUCGUCUUUGUCUGCAGGCAGAGAAAAAGCCGCUGCAGGGUCAGAAAAGCUCCAGUCUCACAAAUUUAAACCAGAAGGGGAUAGCAGCGGCAAACAGGAGACGUUCACUGCCUGGAACACCCACCCAUGGGUCUCCAAGGCGACGGCAGCCUUGUGCCUGCAGGCCAUCUUCUGCAGGUCGAAACCAGGCUGCAGCGUCGGAGGAAGCAGAAGAAGGAUUACCAUCUUUGGAGACUGAAGUGUGGAGCUGGGGCCGCGGAUCCGAGGGACAACUGGGCCAUGGAGAUCAGCUUGCCAGACUCCAGCCUCUGUGUAUCAAGUCUUUGACAGGUGAGGAAGUGAUUAAGGUUGCUGCAGGAUCACACCAUUCACUGGCCCUCACAGCUCAGUGCCAGGUAUACUCAUGGGGCAGCAACAUGUGUGGGCAGCUUGGUCACAUCAACAGUCCUGUAACUGUUCCUCAGCAGACAAAGGUAUCUGAGGGUCUCCGCAUUUGGGAUGUGUCAGCCGGUCAGAGCCACUCCCUCCUCCUGGCUGAUGGAGACUGUGUCCAGCCGGUACUCUUGUACUGCGGUCAGCAAGACCCAAUGUCACAGCAGAGUCAGAGACCACAGCAGAGGGAGAGGUUUAACCAGAGGUCACCCAGCAGGGCAGAGAGUUACAGAGUCACCCCAACCCUGCUGCCUUUCUGCAUGAAGAUGGGUUAUAUUAGCAGUGUGUGUAGCGGAGGUCAGAGAAGUGCGUUGUUGGCUGACCAGAACAUCAUGGGCUUCAUCUCUGCUAUUCAUGAGCUGGCCUCUAGAGAAAGACACUUCUACUGCUGGCUGAGCAGCGUCAGAAAGCUCUUCCUCACACCACUACGUAACAGAGAGGGUCUGUGUCCGUCUUUAAGGGAACCGUGCACACAUCUCUUCUUUUCUCUCUGUGAGAAUUUUGUUCGUCUGAGUGUCCUGGUUGGUCAACACUCCACCUCACUCAGCUACUUCCUCCAUGAAGCACAGGGCCGUAACGUCACUUCCCUUCUGCUUUUGACCCACGCUGAGCACUUCUGGGACAUUUAUAAAGAAUAUUUUUCUGCAGUAGGCGACUUUCAGGUGAUGGGUGGAUUCCAGUCACUUCAUAAACUCUCACGUGAGUUUUUAGGCUCUCAGCAGACCCUGCUUACUCAGCUGUGUGGUACAGAUCAACCUAUUAAUGGUGACAGCGAUCCAGGUUUCCUGUUGUACUGGCCUCUACAGCAGCUCCACCAGUACAGUCGGGUUCUACUCAAAUUGGCAGCCUGUUACGAUGUGUUAACCAUAGAGUACCAGUCACUCCAUGAGGGCUCUAAUCUGUAUGAGUCUUUGUCUUUGUCCUUGUUGAAGAAGAAGAAGGAGGCAGAAACCACCCUCCUCUUCUGGAAGACCUACUCAGGAAAAAGUAUUGAGGUUCUGCGCCUUCCACAGCGCCGUUUGGUGUGUGAAAGCAACAACAGAUCUCUGACUCUGCAGAACGCAGGGCGGUUUUCCAACCACUGGUUCAUACUGUUCAACGAUGCCCUGGUACACUCACAGGGUGCGUUUCCCACUCAGAGUCUGUUCUCCACACAUCGUGUCUAUUCAUUGACCUGUCUGUGGGUGAAGCCACUUACUGAAAACAGCAGUGAACUCUGUGCCAUUAAAAUUACAUGCCCAGAGGAGAGUUUCAUCCUUGUAGCCUCAACGCCAGAGGAGAAGAACAAGUGGCUGCGAUCCCUUAACCAGGCCAUCGAUCAGGUGCUGGGUGGUGGUGGGGGUCAAGGCUCAUCACCUGGGUUGACAGCGAUGUCCCGCACAGCAUCCUACGUAUUUACUGGAGAGGGACGGUGUAAAGAUGCCCAGUACACUGGAGGUUGGCUGGGAGGACGACUUCAUGGCAGGGGGACCAUGAAUUGGCCAGAUGGACGAUGGUAUAGUGGAAACUUCAAGAAUGGGCUGGAGAAUGGCUAUGGCGAAUGUAAAAUACCAAACAAACUAAUGAGUAAACCAGACAUCUACCAGGGGCAGUGGAGGGACGGCAAGAUUCAUGGUUUCGGCAAAUACAAGUACUCCAGUGGUGAGGUUUACGAGGGCUGUUUCUCUGAUGACCAGCGGCACGGUUACGGCAUGCUGAGCUCCGGUAAACUGGCCAGGACUUCCUCCAGUGUUUUUAUUGGCCAGUGGGUCCAAGACAGGAAGACGGGAUAUGGAGUCUAUGAUGACAUCACAAGGGGUGAGAAGUACAUGGGACUGUGGCUGGACGAUCAGCGACAUGGCAGCGCUGCAGUUGUCACCCAAUGUGGCGUCUACUAUGAAGGGACAUUCAAAGAGAACAAGAUGAGUGGUCCAGGCUUGCUGGUGUCAGAUGAUGACACCGCUUUGCAUGGCGAGUUUUCUGAUGACUGGACUGUCAACGGGAAGGGUGUUUUGUCCCUGGCUAACGGGGAUUGUUUGGAUGGCCACUUCAAUGGAGAGUGGAACACAGGGCUGAAAGUAGUUGGAACAUACACAAAACCAGCCGUAGAUGAAAUUAACAACAAAGAAAGAGACAAUCUGUUGCUGGGUAAGUACGUGGUGCCUGCAGAUCAGAGAUGGGGCUGCGUAUUUGAUGAAUGCUGGCGCCGGCUGGGCUGUGAGGCAGCUGGCAGCGGAGAGCGAACCACCGCCUGGGAGAACAUCGCUGUUACUAUAACAACUGCACGGCGACACAGCCCAGACCUCAGCAGAUCUCAAAGCAAAGUGUUGGAGUGUUUGGAAUUUAUUCCCCAACACGGAGAACCUGUCACUACUGCAAACUAUGACAAUAUACGAAGAUAUCUCAUUAAGGCAUGCGAGACCCCCAUUCACCCUCUGGGCUGGCUGGUGGAAACGUUGGUGACAGUCUACAGGAUGACUUAUGUUGGUGUGGGAUCCAACCGCAGGCUUCUCAUGCAGGCCGUCCAGGAGGUCCAGGCUUACCUUACACACUUCUACAAGAUUGUCAGAUUUCUGUUUCCAGGGCUACCAGAGGAUGGUGGCAUUAUCACAGGUGCCAUUGUCGAGGCAUCCAAAAGCAGAUGCAGCCUUAGUGCAGCAGAUCAAAGCAGUAUUGUGGUGGUGAGCUGUCCCUCCCUGCUCCUCCCUCUGCUGCUCCCUCAGCUCUACCCUCCUCUCUUCACCCUGUACUGCCUGCAGGGAGAGCAGGAGGAGGCCCAGUACUGGGAGCGUGUCCUCCGGCUCAACAAACAGCCAGACCAGUCACUCCUCAGCUUCCUGGCAGUGCAGGAGAAGUUCUGGCCAGUGUGGAUGUCAAUACUGGGAGAGAAAAAGCAGAUUGUGUCCAGCAGUAAAGAUGCCUGCUUUACCUCUGCUGUAGAAACACUACAGCAGAUCAGCACUACCUUCACUCCAUCAGACAAACUCCUGGUCAUCCAGAAGACUUUUGAGGAGCUGACCCAGGAAGUAAAACCAAUGCAGGAUGGUGUUUUUUUGUGGUGCAUGGACGACCUGCUCCCCCUUUUCCUUUAUGUGGUGCUCAGAGCAAGGAUCAGGAACCUGGGAGCCGAGGUCAGUCUGAUAGAAGAUUUAAUGGAUCCUAAUCUUCAGUUUGGGGAACUGGGACUGAUGUUCACAACACUGAAGGCCUGCUACAUUCAGAUUCAACGUGAGUCCACGACAUAGGACCAGACAUGAGGAUGCCCUGCAAUUGACACAAGAGUGGAGAUGCAGUGCUGCACAUAGAAGAGCUGCUGGAACACAUGGACAUUCUACUGGUGUCCACAGACAGGGAACUCGAAAUCUAAGCGGACAAGGAGAAGAAUGAGGGAGUUGCACCUUUUGUUACACACGGGAAAUUAUAUCUGAAACAUUGUCCACUCUUGGUCCUUUUGGUAUGUUACAGCACUUUCACACAGGUUCUUUUGUUUUUGUUAAGAACAAUUUCCAAAGGUAAAGACUGCCCUCUUCAGGGCAUGUUUGGAAACUGCAUGGCUACAGUUUUUAAUAACCUGUAAUACAUCAACUCAGUACCUUUUAUACAGGUGCAUGAAAAUAUAAAUAAUACAUUACAUGCUAUACUGUACAUUUUUCAGCUGCUUUUUAUGAGAAUGUAGAAAACUCCAGGCAAAGGGAGGCAUGUCACUGACAAAGUAACAUGAGCACAAUUCCAGGGGAAUUUACAGUCUGAACUGAAAGAACAAUGUAAAUAUGUUUAAAAUGUCAUAGCAACUUUUUAAAGUUGGGAUUUUUUUAUUUCAACAUAUUUCAUUCUAGUAAAAUCAUAAGGUUACAAGAACGCAAGUAUUUUUUCCACAGUAAAUUCACAUAUAGAAUAUAUGCAAAUGUAUCUAGACCUACACAUACCUACCAUUUGAAGUGGGGGAUGGUACUUAACUGGAUGUGGUAACUACUGAUUUGUUUAAAACGAGCGGUUUGUGCACUUUGAUUUGUGGCUAUAUAACAUUUGAUAGAUUUGAUUAUAUACAUCAGACACAGAUAUAGUUUAAUAUAAUAAUAGAGCAGAGUGGAUGACAGUUUUUUGCAUUUCAACAUAAUUCAAUUUACAAAGUUGUUUCUUUAUAUGAAAAUAGAAGCUGCCUCAUGUUGGAUUGGAAUUAGUUUCUCAGCAACCAAAACAGAUCACCAGGUCAGAAAGCUGAAAGCACUCGAAAGGCAAAACAUCUCAAAUGCAAAGCCCUUCAGUGCUGCAAACCCAAAUGCUGAGUGGUACUGAACUAACCACAACCUAUUUGUGUUUGAUAUCACUAUGUAAUAUGAGCUGCAUAUGUAGUGCAAUGUAAACUGACCAGCAGGAAGGUAACAUUCUGCAGCAGGACAUGACUUUGUCCUGAUUUAAUAUAAUAUACCUAAUAAGGGAAACACAGCUUUUACUCUUUGUAGCAAUCUAUUUAAUUUUUCUAUGUCACUCAGCAUAAGAUAAACGACUCUGACAAGAGAUUGUUUUACUAUUGCACUGCCAGUUUAUACUAACUAAAGUGUUAGCUUAUAAUUCUAUAAAACAACUACAAAUUG